GGGGAGAGGGGGCACCGGGCACGAGCAGCGCGAACACAUGGACCAGAAUGGCGGCUCCUUCCUCGCCGUCCGCCGCCUCUCCGGACACCACCCAUCAACGGCGGACGUCGUGUCCGGGUCGACGGCGUGGAUCGGGAGGGGCUUCUCCUGCGUCUGCGUGCAGAGGAGGGAGAGCGACGCGCGCAUUUCCUUCGAUCUGACCCCGGUCCAGGAAGAGUGUCUGCAAAGAUUGCAGAACCGGAUAGAGGUGCCGUACGAUAGUCAGAAUAGAGAACAUCAGGAAGCACUGAAAGCCCUUUGGCAUGCUUCUUUUCCUGGAACUGAACUUUUAGGACUAGUGUCAGACCAGUGGAAGGAGAUGGGAUGGCAAGGGAAGGAUCCGUCCACAGACUUCAGGGGCGGUGGCUUUAUCUCUUUGGAGAAUUUACUAUACUUCGCUAAGAACUAUCCGAAAUCCUUCGAGGAGCUCCUUUGUAAGCAGAAUGGUGACAGGGCAUUAUGGGAAUAUCCAUUUGCUGUUGCUGGCGUGAAUAUUACGUUCAUGCUUAUUCAGAUGCUUGAUCUUCAAGCAGCUAAGCCAAGGUCUUUGAUUGGAGCAGUGUUUCUAAAUUUACUUAUAGAAAAUGAUCGAGCUUUUGACAUUCUUUACUGCAUAACCUUUAAGCUGAUGGAUCAGAAAUGGCUUGAAAUGCACGCCACGUAUAUGGAUUUCAAUACUGUUAUUAAAUCCACAAGACGCCAACUCGAGAGAGAAUUAUUGCUUGAAGAUAUUCAGCAAAUUGAGGACAUGCCGUCAUACAGUUUUCUUGCCCGCUAGCAACUGAAGUCUGACCUAACAUUGCCACGUGUAGCGAAGCUCUUCUUACAUGCUACUAAAUUAAGAAUAUCGCCUUGCAGACCCACGUACGUGAAAAAUGAGCUCGAUAUGUGCUGGAAUAUAGGAUCUCAGGGAUUUGCUUCUUC